AUGGCAUCAAUUAUCAAUUCUCUUGCAGUUCCUUCAAGUUAUCGCGAUCAAUUAUAUCAAGGUUCUUCUAAUCAACUCUCUGACGAUCUCUCCACUACAGCUACACUCUAUGUUGGCAAUCUCUCUUUCUUUACAACAGAAGAACAAAUCUAUGAGUUGUUUGCUAAAUGUGGCGAAAUCAAGCGUAUCAUCAUGGGUUUAGAUCGUAACCAAAAGACACCUUGUGGAUUCUGUUUUGUAGAGUAUUAUCAUCGUUCUGAUGCGCUUGAUUGCAUGAAAUACACCAAUGGUACCAAGCUUGAUGAACGUGUGAUUCGUUGUGAUCUUGAUCCAGGUUUUAAAGAAGGUAGACAGUUUGGUCGUGGUAAGAGUGGUGGACAAGUCAGAGACGAAUAUCGUACAGAAUAUGAUGUUGGUCGAGGUGGUUGGGGUCACCGUAUGCGUAUGCAACUCGAAAACGAACGUGAACGUAACAUCAAGGAGAACUAUGAGGCCAUCAAGGACAUCCCUCAAGGUGCUGAUGAAUACAAGAGUCGAUCUGGUACUGCAAACAAUAAGCGCAAAUAUGAAGACAACAGUCAAGAUGAAACACAUAAGCGUCAAAAAGAACAGAACCCUCGAUUCAGAGAGAACGAAGACGAAGAUGAUGAAUAA